AUGCCCCGCACCCAUGUAGCUGACCUCGCAAGUGCAGAGACGCCCUUCAGGAGCAGCUUCGCGGGGCUGCUGCCUGUCCUGCUCUCGCUCUCGGCCUGUUUCCUCAUCCCGGCACCUGCAGAGGUGCACGACACCUUUGCUAAUUGCCUCCAGUUCUUCCUGGACAGGGAGCCACCUCAAGUGGUCCAUCUUGGGCAUAACUAUGCCAGGAUCUGCCAGAGGUACAACAACGCCUAUCGCUUUGCCACCCUGUACGACAGACAGAACCGCAUCCCGGUAUAUUCUGCCUAUAUAUACAGUCCUGGUGUAGAUGAGAGAAAUGAAGACUGGUUUGUAGAGCCUCAGCUGGUAAAGAAUAUUGGAAGCAACCGAAGGGAAAUGGAGGAUGAGCGUUCCCAAGGCAUUUUUGAGAUAUUUGUGAAGAUCAAUGCAAGCCAGGCUGUUUCUGCUGAUUACCGGGGUGUUUUUGAGAUUAACAGGGGACAGUUGAACCCCAACAGUCACCAGCCGGAUGCAGACAGCAGGACCGCCACCUUCACGAUGACCGACGCUGUUCCCCAGUACAAUGUACUCAACGGAGGAACGUGGGCGGAUUACAAGGCUUCCGUGGCACAAAGAGCCCAAGGAUGCCGUGAGACCUACAUCGUGACGGGAGCGGUGCCUGGGAAUAAUUACAUCUCCGCCUGCCGCAUCAACAAGCCCAGCCACAUCUGGUCCGCAGGCUGCUGUGUGAUAGACAACAACCACAAGAGGUCCUGGGCUGUCAUUGCGCAGAAUGACGAGAAUAAAAUAACCCAGAUGACCCUGAGGAGACUGCAGGACAAGCUUAGGCACCUCUACAAUACGGAGGUGGAUCUUUUCCACAGUUCCUGUUACCCCGAUUAGGAGGCUGCAGGCGGCCGUAGUCUCAAGAGGGCAGGAGGCAGGGGGGCUGUCGU